UCGUUUUUUUCCUUAUAAAGACGCUCUUCAACAAAGCACUGAAGGGACUUUCAGAACUAGAUGAGGUAGAAGAGAGAAGAAGAAGAAACACAUGGAUUCAACAUCAAAGGAAAGAAAGAAAGAAGAUUUAUAUCAGAAAUUGCAGUUGCUUCGUGUCGCCACCCACUCUGCUUCUAUGAACAAAGCCUCAAUCAUAGUGGAUGCAUCAAAAUAUAUAGAGGAAUUGAAGUACAAAGUAGAAGAGCUAAACCAAGAGAGUAGUACUGGAAGCAGUACUAUGUCACAAGUUUCAAGUGCCCCAAAUCCAUUACCUGUGCAGGUUACGGUGGAAACCCUACAGAAGGGUUACCUGAUUAAUGUGUUCUCUGAAAAGAAUUGUCCAGGCUUGCUUGUCUCCAUUCUUGAAGCGUUUGAGGAGUUGGGGCUUGAUGUGCUUGAUGCCAAUGUUUCUUGUGCUGACCCUUUUCAACUUGAGGCAGUUGGAGAAAAUCAAGGGAGUAAUACUGACAGCGUGGAUGCUCAAGUGGUGCAAAACGCAGUGCUGCAAGCUAUCUACAACUGUACGUAGUAGUUUAAUUAAUUAGUUUCAUCUUAUCCUUAAUUUCUCUCCUCAUUAGAGAUAAUCAAUUGGUAAUCAAGACAUGGAGACCAACGAGAGGUGACUCGGUUUGCAAUCGAUUGGAUUAGGUAUAUGUGUGCCCAAUAUCCGAUUCCAAUGAGAAACAUAUUUCUCGACGGUAUUAAAAAGAAAAGAAAUGGAGAAUGAGCAUGCAAAUGUACUUAAGUUUAUCAACCAAAUUGAAAUUCUUAUAUAGCCUUGGUGAGGAGGUUUGCAUUCAAAGACUGCACCUCUAGCUAGUACUCCAUCUAUAUAUGAAAAUGUACUUGAAGUUUUUACUAGGUUUUGUGGCCAUAUAUAUACCAUACAAUUAGCCACCUCUCUCUCUCUAUAAAUUAUGAGUUGAGA